AUGGAUACAAGCGUGCCAAUCGCUACACUAGCUGGCAUCAGUAGCCUCACCGAUCGUAAGUUUUUUUUGGAAUUUUUUUGCAGAAAUUAUCUAUUUUACUGCUUUUUUUUUCAGUGUGUAACAUGAUAAUUCAAGUGGUAUAUGUGAGUGAAGGGAACGUUGAAAGAAGAUGGACGAAUGAGUCGGAAAUCUCAAAUUUUCACUUAAUUUCUUUUUAACUUCCGUUGAUAAUAUAUUUUGGGCAGCCUUUGCAUUCGGUAAUUCAUACAUAAACAAAUGUUUCUUUCGUUGUAGUGCUUCCAGAGUUACCAUUUCCUGGGCCUUCAUCUUCCAGAAGAUCAAAUACUUUACUUCGUAGUCCAAAGGUUACGGAAGAAGCUAGGGAAGUACUCAAUCGACCUGACCGUUCUCUCGUUCAACAACUUUCUCAGGCACUGUGUAUUUCAAAGUCAACUUCAGACCAAUUGUGAGUAAUUAGAAUUUAUGGAAGUUUUUAAUGAAGUCGUAUAUUCAUUAGAAUGGCUUCCUUAGACAGUUUAUCUCUUCUGAUCGCCAUCGAUCAAAUGUGGUUCUUUUCAUUUCAAUGGUGGAAACAAUGAAAGUCACGAAGAUGAACUUUUAUACCAAGUCACGUCAUAUCAUACUAUUUAAAGGAUGAUUUAUAAAUAGUACGUGGAGUAACUUUUUGUUAAUCCCUUCUGUUUCUUGUCUAUUUUAUAAUGAACAAUAAUUUUUGAAAAGGGGAAAAAUAGUAAUGUUUUGAUUUUUUUUAAACUGAACUGGCACUGUACUGGUUUGUUGAUAAAAAUGCAAAACUUUGCAAAAUGGCAGAUCUGAAUUUGAAAUGCGUAUGUAAACAUGAAAUUGCUGUUAAAUGUUCAUUUACUCCCCCUAAAAUAUAUGCUAUUUUUUUACUUUCCCUCUUGUAUUAACAUUCUGGUAGUUUUGUUUGUGAUUUUUCUUCAAUUCUGAAAGUAAUUGCUGCAUUUCAUUUAUGAUAUCAUAAUAAUCUAAUUUUAGCACCAGUUACUGCCUUUUUGUAUUUACAUAUAACAGUGACCAGAUGGAAUUUAGUGCCAAAAAAUUAUGGAUCUUUUGCCAAGCAUAUAGCCAUAUCCAAAGAAAAAAGAAAGGACUAAAGACAAGUAUUCUAUACCUUGGUGAAUGGGUUUUUUAUCAUAAAAUUUUAAGGGUUUUCAUUUUCAAAUUCUGUAGCAUUAGAUAAAGUUUGGACUUGAGGCAGAACUUGAAAAGCAUUUAUUUCAGACACUGACUGCAAGAAAAAUAGCAAUCUUUAUUUUAACUCCUUCUUGGCCAAUUUACUCAUACUUACACACACUGAAAAUUGAGCUUUGAGCAUUGGCUAUCGAGAAUAAGUUAAGGGCUAGCAAAGCCUGGCAGCCUUACAAGCUGGGAAGUUUUAGUGAUAAAGUGCUUUUGAUUGAGUGUUGUAAAACAAAAACCUCAGUAAUCACAAUUGCUAUCUAACAUGUUGUUGUUAUGUAGGAUCUUGAAAGAUGGAACAAAUCAAGAUGACAGCAUUUCAUGCCAAGGAAGCCCACUUCUUCUUCAGGCGAUUGUUUCACAAACACCCAAUGUGUUUAAUUCUCAGUCAGUGAAAACUGUUUCUGAAAGCUACCAAGAUCCACAAGGUAACCUGCCAGUAUGUAAAGUGUGAUAGUGUAAACCAUAGUCAAAGACUAUUAACUUGUAACAGCCCAACAUCACUUUGUAUCUUUAUACGUUUUUAAAAUGCUGACAAGGAAAAAAACUUUCUUUAACUAUUAAGAGCAUCAUUAGGUGGUGAUUGUUUCCUUUAUUCUCAUGUGGGGUUUGAGCCAGGCUGUGCCAUUGUGCCAAUCCUACACUGCAAUUGAAAUUGUCCCUUAAAAAAACAGCCAAGGGGAUAAUUUGUCUCCUUCAAAAUUUAGGGAAAAACUCAAAAGGAAGCACACACGAAGAGUUUUAUUUCAGUACAGAAAUUGCAAGCUAAAACAGAAUGUGGAAAGUAUAUUUUGUCGGACGUUUAAAGUUCAUUCUAAAGUCACGUUUCAGUCACGCUCUACUGAACAGAUAUGUCUCGUGCUCAAGCAAGUGUGGUGAAUGCACCGGGCAAUCUUUACUGUACUUUUCACAAAAAUGUGAACUCUAAAGUUCAAAAGCCACCCUCGCAAUUGCUUUUUCACUGCUGUCAAUCAUAAUUACAAUUGCAAGCAACAAACCUUGAGACACAGAAAGACACAAAACAGAUUGAAAUCACCAAUCACAAAUCACAAACCAUGACCUUUUGAACCCAUUAAAGUAAAUUUUUGUUUCCCUAAGAGGUCCAUUAAGAUGAUUGACGGCAGUGAAAAACACAAUCAGACAAUUUCAAUAGCAGUGCAGGAUUGGUGCAAUGGUGUGGCCUAGCUCAAACCCUGCAGAGCAGCAAGGAUCUCUUUGAAUUUUGCCAAAUAAGGAAUACCAUUAGCCACUUGGCUUGUGCAAAGUGCAAGCCUGUGAGCCAUGCAGUGGAUAGAUACAAGAAAUGGACUAUCAUCCUUCAUUCAUUUUGAAACUCCAUUGUUUUUUCCUGUCAUGACACUUACUCCACUGCUGCCAAAUCCUUUCAUUUUGUCUUUGUGCAAGUUUCUCUUUUCCAUUAGCAAGUUAACAGCAGUGGUAAUAGUAUCAGCCUUUCCAUUCUGAACAUUGAUGUUUUCUGAAAAGUGCAGUUCAGGGUUAAAUUCAUUCAAUAACUUAACAUAAACAAAAAGAUUUUCAUGAUUAAUGACAUCAGUUGAUUCAUCAAUUAACAGGGAAAGGAAUGACUAUCAAUGGCUUCUACUAGUUUGUCAAUGUUAGACUUUAGAACUGUAGCAAUAGCAUCUCGCAUACCUUCAGCACUUUGAUGAGAUUAUUUUGGAGCAUUUCCUCCCACUUGAAGAUUUGUUUGAGGCCAACUUCAUCAAGAAAUUGAGUAGUGAGUUGUACUUGACUGUUGCUACAUCCUCCUUGGCCAGCCAGUAGACGGCUCUCAUUGCUGUGAGGAUGACUUGUGAUUGUGCUCUAAAAACAUGGUGCUGUGUGUUGUUGAAUGUAUCCCUCAUAGCUUCUUCAUUAACAGCAUCCUCAUGUUCUUUACAGUCUUUAUGUCUAUGCAGAGUUGAGGUUCUAAAAUUUGUACACCCUUUUGCUGAUGCAAAGGAGUUUGUCUUAGAUUUCUGACAAAAAUAGCAGAACAUCACCUCCUUUUCAUAGCGCAACCAUGUGUGAUCUGUGACCAAGUUUUCUGGAAAGUUCGUGAUUUUUUCGGUUUCUUUCAAUCCUCAUUUGUUUCUUCCUGAUUAAUACACUGUUCUUCUACAGUAUAAUUUUUCUUUAAUUCACUCUGGCUUCGAUUUGGAGUGAAAAAGCUUUCUAAUCUUCAAACAUGUUUUUGAUGUGACAUGUUACCGCGCUUUUCACAAACAUGCAAAUUUUGAAGUUCAAAAGCCAACUGACGAUUGCGUUUUUCGCUGCUGUCAAUCAUCUUGACAGACCUCUUAGGAAUGAAAACUUUACUUUAACAGCUAGAUCCAACAGAGGAAUUAGUAAAUGUAUGUGUACCAGUAAUUAAGAAAGGAUUUGAAGUUUACAAGGGGAUGCUAGGACGAGAUUCUGCUGUGAAAUGUUUUGAAGUGUAAAGCAUAGUCAUUGAUCCUCUGUUUAAAUAUAACAAGGAAAUAAAGUCUUAACCAAUAACUUAAAUUUUCUUUUUUGUAUCACUUUUCUUGUAUUACAAGGAUCAGGUAAAAAAUGUUUUUGUUGGCUUGCCAGUAUAAAUGUAAAAAAAAAAAAAUGUUGAAUAAAAAUUAAUUUGUCUGUCCCCCUAAAAAUAAACAUUUCUCCCAAAAUUUCUGCUGAGGGGACAAAUUGUCCCCCAGUGAUCAAAUCCUAGCUCAAACCUUGCUCAUGACCUUAAUGUUAGACUCAAGGGUGAUAUCGUAUGGUGAGAUUAGAUGCUAGUCACUCUUACGUGUCAAAGGGUUAGGGGCUUAGAGGUAUUAGAGCACUAGAACUUCAAACACCAACUAAAGUCAAGAUGACUGUUGAAAACAGCUUGCCAAAUUUGCAACUCUUAUUUCAAGUUGAGUUCUUGUUAAUUAAAAUAGUCCUGGUUUGAAUGCUAGCAUCUUUUAACCCUUUCACUUCCAAGAUCUCAUUGGUAAUUCUCCUUACUGUCUUCUAUACAAUUCUUAUAAUGUUAGGUCAGAGAAUUUGAUACUGGAUCAACUAAUAAUCCCAUAAUUGAUAUUUUUCUUUAUUCUCAUCACCUACCUGCUUGAUAUUGUAUUGAUUUUGAAAGGAGAAAUUCUGUCUUGGUCACUUGUGGGAGUGAAAGGGUUAAAGUUAGUUUUUGUUGUUGUUGCAGGUUAUUCUCCAGUGGGAUACAACCCAAUGUCCCCUUGCCAGAGAGUUAGUCCUUCAAAUGUGAGAUCGCCAUUGUAUGCUGGUUCUCCUGGAGGGUUGCAGGCAAACUCUCCUUACAUGAACUCACCAGAACAUGCAGCUAGUCUGCGGUUAAUGGCAUCCAGUCCUCACACUUUGAAAGCACAAAGCCAUCCAGUACCAUAUCCUCAGUUUAGUGGAACUGCUCAAGGUGCCCAUAACACUGCUAGACAACCAAGAUGUAUGUACACUCACACACAUGUAUCUGAACUAUGAAAAAUUAUUUCAUCUGAAAUUGUAGACUGUAAAUUGUUGAAUUGAGUAAACUGAUCUGCUGUACUGUAAAGGUAGGAAAAACAAUUAUGCAGUGGGAUUGGAGUGAAAUGUGGGUUGUUGAGGGCCUAGCUCAUUAGACCAAUUGAGAAGAAGUAUAGAUUGGUGUGAGAAAUGACUGAUGUACUUGUAUACUGUAUCUCUGAAACACAAAUGGGAGUCUGGGUGCUAUCAUGGGGGAUUUGUUACCAUUUGCAACUGUCUGACUCUGUACAAAUCACCCUUGUUGAGAGUAAUAGAUUUCUGCUUCUCUCAUCAGUGUAAUUCUCUCCUAAAUUCUUAGGAAGCCCCUUAAUGGGCUACAAGCAUCUCUACAUAAUAAAUAAUAAUAAUUAUAAUAACUGUUUUAUCUUAACUAGCUGAGAGUGCUGUACAUAUAAAUGGAGGCUCACCAAAUGUACCUUUGAUGCAACCUCAAAUAGUGCUGACUCCAACUCAGGCAUUUUCACCAGCAAAGACAAGGCAUGGUAGACAUUCUCUCUCCAAGAGUGAACUACAGCAAAGUACAAAUCAGAAUGUACCCAGUAGUGAUCAAGGUUGGUUCCUCAGACCUGUCACUCAAAGUUCAUUAAAGUGAUACCAAAGGCUAAUUUGGUGAAUUUUCAACAAUUUUGGGAAUAAAAUGUCUCUUGACAGAUUUGUUGCUAUUGUUUAAACAUGUGAUAUAAGAUUCUACAUAUAAUCUGAGAUAAAAAUAGAUUACAUGGUUAAUUGUUUGCUCAUGGUUGUGACGCAGCCUAAAAAUUAGAAAUAUCAUUGAAAAUUUUAGAUUAAAAGGCUGACAAAAACAUUAAUGUGUUUUUGUUGCUUGGAAAUGUAAGUGGUCAGCUAUAGUAGAGCUCUUUCCCAAGUUGCAUCCAUGGUUAAGAAGUGAUUCAUAUUUAAUUACCAAAUGGUUACUUAUGAAAUGGAUUGUCAGAAAUGUCUUAUAAAAGAAAAACUGCACGAAUCGCAAACACCAUUAGACCAGGAUCUUACCUGUAUCUCUAUUUUGCUGUGAGAUUUUAGGUUGUUUUUAGAUAGUCUUUCUUUGUACCUGAUAGAAUAUCAUUAUCUUUUAUUGUAUUAAGCAUUUAUGUACAAUGAGUAUUUUUGCUUCCUGAUGUUUGUGUGCGCAGGUGUAUUAAAAGCCCCCCAUCCUAGUGAGAGACAAAGGAACAUUGACUUGUCUUCAACUGUACAAAGAAACUUGAAUGAAAAUGAAUUUUACCAAUCUCAUACUCAAGUUGGGAGAGGAAGUGUUCAUAAUCAGAGUGUCUAUGAUAGCCUCAGUGCCCUGGAGGCACUUGCAUCACAAAAUGGCUUUAAUUUUGAUCCCUCAGUUCUUGGACAAGCAUCACAACAGCUAGCUGCAAUUAAUGAGAAGCAAAAGAAUACUCAUUUACUUGCUAGAACUUCUGGACAGUCACAUAAUCAGGAAAGUAUGUUGAAUAGAACAAGUGAACGAGAGUCAAAAUCUAAAAAAAGACGUAAAUCAUCCAAAAGCAAAUCCGAGCUUGACGUUGAGGAUAACCCUGGUGAACUUACUUCAAUGCAGGUGUACAAUUCUCAGAUUGUAGAAUUAGACAAUAUGCUCAAGGAACAACAAGGUGACAUACACUCACAGUGUAGAUCUUCAAGAUCAAGUAGGAAGUCUGUGGAAGACCCUUACAGAACUAAUGUUGACGCUGUUGAUGAAAUGCACACCUUAGCACCCAUGUCAGCAAUGUACUUACAUAAAGAGGAGCCAACACAUUCUAAUAUCCUGCCAAAUAGAACUGAAAAACCUUUGACGCCUGAUCACAAUCACCUUACAUCACCAAAUUUAAGGGUGUCCCCUUCUCUCAAGGGACUUCAGUUGUAUGUUCCAAAGCUAGUCAUAACAAAAGUGAAGCAGCGAAGAGGCUCUAAAGAGGUAGAAACACAUCAAGUAAGAGAGGUGUUACCAGAUAGUGAAAGUGAGAUACACAGGAGCAAAAAGCGAAGGAGGUCUAGUGAUGAUAUGGGUAGAAUCAACAGCAGCCAUGAAUGGGAUGAAGGUAUUAAUUUUUUCCUUUUUAUUCAUAUUUGUUGAUGAGAACUGAAAUGUUAGGUUGUACUUUCCUUUGGACUAUCACUAAGCUUUGACGAAUACAUGUACUGUACAAUUUACACUAGUAUGAACAACAACACUAAAGUUAUUCUUUGGUAGAGAAGAGAGGAAAAGGGUAGAUAGAGGGGUGUUGCAUGAGAACAUUUUCAUUACUUAUCUUGUGUCAAGACUUGGAGAACAUUACAUGAGGUUUAAAGCAAAGGGGUAUCUUCAUCAAAGUGGUUGGCUACAGAGUAAUAUAUUUUAUGAACAGGUCUUAAAAGUGUGGUGAAUCUUGUCUGAUCUGCAGACACAAUAGUGCAUCAUUUGUGAACAAAAUACGUACACUGACCCAGUUGCACUCCUUUAUAGCCCCACCUAAGAAGAGGAGUAAAAGCAAGAAGCAAAAAGUCAAAGAAACACAUGAAUCUGAAGGUAAGAUAGAACAACUUUGAACAGAAAGCUCAGUUUAUGAGAUAUAGUGUGAACCUCUGUGCAUGUAAUUCUGGAUCUUAAGUGUAACUGUGCUUCUCACAAACAUUAUCAUACUCAGUACAGUUUUGAAACAUUGUUUAAACUAGGUAAGUGCUUGAGUGUAAGUGCUAGAGGGGUAAUGUUUCACUUGUCCAUUUAUGUAGAAUGCAUGGCUGUAUGUUUGUUAAAAGCAAAAAUGACACUUGAUAUUGGUCUCUGUAAUUUUAGAUAUCAUGGAGACACUAACCUUCAGGAAACUGGGAGAUUUACUUGAGAACCUUUUUGAAUUUGAUGAUGAGUGUAAUGCACCAAGCUUUCAUGAUUUGGGUAAGUUAAUGAGGGUGAUUCCAAAGGAGUAGAACAUUUUGUAUAUUUUUUAUGAAACUUGGGACACUGCUGUGAAGAUUGGAGGAGUUGUUAAAAAUGUUGUAAAAGUGGAGGGUCUAUGUUUUUUUAGUAAAAGACAAAACUAUUUUUAGAAAUUGACAUUAUGAUACAUGUAGAUUAAAAUACUGGUAAUGGUUUACUUUCUCUCACUUCAAAGAUGAUCAGGAACCGAAGCCAGAAACCCUUCUUUCAAGAUCUAUUGUGCAAGAGUUUUAUGCUGAAAUGGCAAAGCUGAAAUCUUUAGGAGUUUUGCAUAAGGUGAGGCACCCAUGUACCUAUAAGUUAUAGAUAUUGCAAGUGAAUGCCCUUUGUGAUGGGUGCAGUCAAAACCAUACUAAGCACCCACGCACAUCAGUGUGCAGAAGGUAAUGUUACAGUAAAUGAUCUAAUCUAUUAGUAUGGAUUUAAAUUCCCUAUCAGUUAUUGAACCUUUCUUCUUUCUAUUCUAAUCAGGUGCCCUCUGAUGAUUUGAUGAGGCUUCUACAAAUAAUGGAACGGCAUAUCAGGGAUGGCUUACAUUUACAGUUGCAGUGCAAUGCAGACCAGGUGAGACCAUGCAUAUGUUACAAACUUGGAUAUUUAUUUCACCUUAAUCCUUUGGUUUGGGUAUGGGUAUGGGUAUGGGUAUGGGUAUGGGUAUGGGUAUGGGUAUGGGUAUGGGUAUGAAAAUGAACUUUGUACCUUACAGUGAGUGUAAAAUUUCAUUGCAACAAGCAUACAUGUAUCUUAUUCAAUUAUAUUUUUAGAUGUUUAAUACCAAGAAAUCUUUCUUGUAUACCAUUGUCUACUUUUAUUCUUGUAGCAGUAUACCAUAACCUAGACAGACACAAAACAGUGUCCAUUGCCUCAGGGCAUGAAAAUUUGAUGGUUGUUUUCAUUAUUUUCUGAAGUAAAUUUCAUUUUGAACUUUUACUGUUUAUUUGUCAGGAUGAUGAUGAAGAGCAAAGACUGUGGCGUGACCUAUGCCUUGACAGAAUGGUUCGAGCAGUAGAGUCUUCUUUGGUUGUUCUUAUAAUCCUGACAUCUCCUUCCAUGCCUAAACAGUUAUAUCUUGAAGAGGUCAUUGCAAGGGUUAUUUCAUUCACCAAGUACCAACUAAGAAGCAACAUUUUCCCUGAGUAUGACCCCAUCUACAGAGAAUCAGAUCCUAAUGGUAAGAGACAAGUUAAGGUUGGUGAAUGCCAAGUUUGUACAUGAUAGCUAUUUGCUGAAGAGCAAUUGGAAAUCAUUUUUUCAAAAGCAGUCAUAGUGAUUAUUGAUCAAAAUGUAUGUGUAAAUUGGAAGGUUAGUCAUGUUUUUUUGUCAUACAUCUGUAGUGUUCAACUUGUGCAUUAUAGCAUGAAAUUCUAAGUUGAUAUGAAGGAAUUAAUUAACAAAACAAAAAAACUUGAGAUGAAAAUUUUUUUGCAAGCACAAAUAUUUUGUGGUGUUUACCUUUUGUUUCAUAGCUGAUGGUCUGAGCUAUUUAUCUUUGCAGAAAGUGUUCUUCUAAUUCCCAAAGCCAAGAGAGCCAAGUCAUCAAGUGCUAAGCUCAAAUCCAUGUCAUUGUUUUACAAUAAAGUUUGUGAACUUGUCUCACUUUUGGGAGAUCUUGUGGAUAUCCAAACACUUACGGAUACAGACAUUUUACAGGUUGGGUUUUAUUUUUAAACAACAUAACAGUCUUAAAAAUAGGAUUCUCAAUAUCCUUGUUUCCUUGCUUGUAAGGCACUAAAAUUCUUUUCUUUUUUAAGUGAUCAUAAUCAAUCUUUCUUUUUUCAUUCUUCAGGUUUCAAAUCUGGGGACAUCACCUUUCUUUGUAGAAAAUAUUAGUGACCUUCAACACAGUGCUCUAAAGCUGGUUAGAUCGGUAUGUUCCCAUCAAGACUUUUAUGUCUUCUAAGAUAAUUAUAUACUGCAAUCAUAACCAUUACAAAUUCCUUGAAUAUUAUUGGUGAAUUUGCAGCUUCAUUUUUCACUAAUCAUUUUAUACAGUUGAAACCAGACAAUGUAAUCGGACAGUUAGCUGUAAUCGGACACCUGUAAUCAGACAGUUGAAGCAGCCAAUCAUGCUAAGUCCACUCAGCUAAUCCAUCAAUCACGGAAAUGAUCAAAAUAACCAUAGCAACAACCACUUAUCCAAAGAAAAACUGGAGAAUUUCCAAAAUGGAGUAGUUUUUAACUUAAGACAUUGUCUCCAUUGGAUAUAUUUUUUCUAGGUGUAUUUUUUUUUUUCAAAAUUGAAAUGGUUAUGAUUAUAUGGUAACAGGACUUCUUGUUGUCCAAUUCUGUCUGUUAUCAUAGUCAUGAUUAACAAAUCAGGCUCCCGCUCGAUUGUCAUCCGAUUUUGUUAAUCACUCGUACAAUUACAAACCGAAUUGGACUCCACUUGGUCCUAUUACCAUUAUUAAUUUGCUUCCGAUGUUUAACUGCCAGAUAGGUUGCUACUGUUUACAGCUCAAAGUCAGCUGUCUUUAGGCACAUUUCAUCAACUGAAUGUCACUUUUAGGUAUACAUUCUGAUCAAGAAUAGACACUGAUUAGAAAUAAUUAUCUUUUAGACAUUAAAGACAAGUAAAGGAACAUGCUACAUGUACUGAAUAAGGAACAGGCUAGAUAAUCAUUAUGAAAGAUGUUUUUUUUGUUGUUGUUGUUUUGGUAGAUAUUCCGAAAAUAUGUCAAACAUAGGGACUUAAUCUUGGAAGACAUUUUUGCAUCAUUAGCCAAACUCCCUAGCAGCAAAAGGACACUCAGGAGUUAUAGGUUUGUGUACUGGAAAGUUUCUGUUAUCAAGAACUUUAUGUUUAUUUUAGAAUACUUGUUCCUCUCUCUUCCAUAUUGUAAAGUAUUUAGAGGCUUCCAAUAAGCCCUCUACACAUUGUAAAUUUGUUUUUUUUUAUUUUAGUCUUCCACUGUUAUGGAUUGUAACCUUUCAAUAGAGCAAGACAAGAGAGAUUUCUGUAACUUAUGAGAUUUACUGUUCUGUUUCCUUUCCUCAGACUUACUGGAGAUCUCUCCAUUCAGAUGGUCACAGCACUGGUGCUUCAGCUUAUUCAAUCCUCAGUUAAAAUUCCAGAAAAUACUGAUGACAUGCAGGAUGAAGCUGAAGAUGAUGAGAACAAACCACAUGUAAGCUGUGCAAAUAUUGCAUCAGGCUUACCAUUAGUACUUGUACUUGACAGACAAAAAAAAUAAUAGAGUAAAAAAGUCCUUUUUUUUUACUGGAAAAUUGUUGAAAGUCCUCAACCAUUUUUAAGAUUUGUAAGCCUUGAUCUUUGAAGUUUAUUAACAUCAAGGAUUGAGAAUGGCAUAUCCAGUUUUGAGGGACUGCACAUGUACACUCGAAUGUUCUAUGUGUACUCUUAAAAUUUGUACUCCUUUAAGAUAAAGGCUUGACAUUUUCAUUUGUUACAUUGUAAUAACUCCCCUUUUCCUCUCAACAUUUAGAAGUCUUAGGCAUACUUUGUCCAAAAGGUAUUUGCUAUUGACAACUUAUUUCAGAUUGACCGUAACAUCAUUAUCAUCACAUCAUAUGAGAAUGCCCUGAGGACUGCACAGAAUUUCUUGUCGAUGUUUUUGAACAAGUAAGUUGUUUUAUUAUUAUAUGCAUGCACAAGCACAGCAGAUCUUCCCCAUUUGAAUUUUUAUAUUUUAAAAGUGUAAUGUACAGUAUACUGUAUACUGCUCUUCUUCGUCCUUAUUAUGACAUGUUGAUCAUGUGUAAUUUUACUAUGAAUAAUAUUUAGCUCACGCAACUCAUAAUAAGCAUUUAAAAUUGUAGAUGCAUAAGUGUUGGUAAAGAUGAAGAAGAUUACAGGCCUCUGUUUGAGAACUUUCUUCAAGAUCUGCUGGUUACACUUAACAGACCAGACUGGCCAGCUGCCGAGGUUUUGCUCACUCUUCUUGGCAGAUUGUUGGUAACUCAAGUUUUGUAUACAGUACCUAUAGUACACAUGUUGUAAUAAAAAGGCAAACUUGAGAUUUGUAUGGGCUGAUACUGACAGUAGUUGACAAGGGUGAAGCCCCAGAUCAAUGUGCAAAUCUGCAUGAGCCUGAAGGGCAAGUGCAGUUUGUGGUCUUUGAAAAAAUUUGCAAGGGCUUAUUUAUUCCAAAUUGCACUCAAAAUCAUGAGGUUACGUAUCAAUUAUAUACAUGAAAAAAUACGAGAUAGCUUAUCAUAAUUAUGCAGAAGCAAAGUGCGUGCAUCAAGUGCAAAAAUAACUUAUUCAAACCCUGCAAGUGACAUUGUGUGUUCAGUCAAAACAACGGCAUACAAUCAAAAUGAUAAUAUACAAUGGUAUUUUCACAUCUUUAAGGUGCAAAAAAGUAAGUCUGGCUUAACAAUUCAAGGAACUGUUCAGUCUGGUUUGUUACUUUGUAUUGUAUUGUAUUGUAUUGUAUUGUAUUAUAUUGUAUUAGAUAGGAGGAACAUUGUUUGUUAAAAUUGUUGAAUUUGUAUUUCUGGUCAGAUUUCAAAGUUCUGCAAGACUGUUAAAUCUGUCUGAUCCUACUUGUACACAAACUGUAAUCCCCUAAAAAUGUAGGACACAGUGCAGUGAUUUUGUUGUUGCCCUCCAAAAAUCACAAUCUGGAGUUCAGCAUGCAAGCAUUACUUCCCCACAUCUCACACAUACUGACUAAUAUACAAAUUUAAUCACAGACAUUAAUUUAAAAAUGUAUGCCUUUAAUUUUCUGUUAGAUUGUGACCUUUAACAAUAAAACAAACGAUGUUAGUCUGAGGGUUUCAGCCAUCGACUAUCUUGGUGUUGUGGCAGCUCAUUUGAGAAAAGAUGCAGUGAACAGUCAGCAAGAUACAGAAAGCAUUACAGAAAUUUUAGUGGAGGUAACCAAAACAAUAUGAUGUGAAUGACUUUUGAUAAGGAUUCAUAGCACUAAAAUAAUAUUGAGAAGUAAAAUAAUAAAAGCAAAAGUAGUAGUUUGCUCCUGAUAGGAGCUCAACUGGUUUGAAUAAACAUUACUUAUGUUAUGUUUUAAUUGUUUCAUAUAAGCAACUUGGGGAAGUCUCUGAAGACUCUGGUGAUGAAGUUUCUCAUCUGGUAAGUCCUAUGUUUCUUGUAAACAUCAGAAGUCAGGAUGCUCCAGGAGAGAUGGAGGGACAAGUUGCAUGAAAAUUCCAUGUGUAUGACUUAAGAACUUUUGCAAAGAUUCAUGUUCCUGAGACAAAAUUUAGUUGCUGCUUGCACAAAGUCAGUCUUCCUAAAAUUUUUUGGAAGAUUGCAUUAAUGAUCUAAGUUUCAGUUACUUUUUUUGGAAGAAGUACCAACUAAAAGUUUAUUGCAGGUACCUGUUUUUGUUACUUUCCUCAGCGUUCUAGCUUUAAUAUACUCCUUGACAAUGGCUGACAGAUGGAAGGCAUAUCAUAAAAAUAUUAUUAUGUCUCAAACUACAUGAGAGUUGAGUUACUUCUUUAUCUCCUGGAUUGACAUUUUGCUCAACAGAAAAGUAUGUAAAUUUGCGAUAUUUUUACUUGCAUUUCAGGAUGAACGUUCUGGCAAGAGAAACCAAAUUCUUCAAAAAACACUCGCAAACUGGUUGAAUUCAGAGGGUAACGCAGAUGCAGCUUUUAUGGUAAUAAAAUACAGAUAUAGCCUCUAAUAGUUGUAAUCUGGGAGUUUUAUUAGAGAUUGAAGAUAUUUCUUAUCUUUGAUUUCAAUUGGCAUAGUUAUUUCAAACAUUAGAUCUUAUUAUGUUAUGAGUGACUUACUGCAGUGAUGUACUACUUAAAGAAAAUCAAUGUGUCUCAUAAAAACUUCUAAAUUUACUGUUAGGUUCUGUUUUAGUUCUUGUAGUGCAUAUGGGUACAUGUAUGUAAUAACAAGAAUAUUAAAUGUUGUACUACCUGGCAUUGAUGGAAGCAAUAAAUGUUACCAAUGUGGAGCACAUUAACACAUGAGCUCACCCCAAAUUUUCCUUUUUGCAGUUUGCAAGACAGUUCUUCCUGGCCCAGUGGAUUAGGGAUAACCAUGUUGAAAUGGAGCGUUGCUUAAGAACACCAGUGGAAGAUCCCCUAGAUAGUGGUGAAGGACUGACUAAUGAUUCCUUCAUAGAUGCACAGAGUAUCACCAAAUUAGAGGACAAAAAGGCUUUCUUACUUUCUAUUUUGGAUGGAAGAAAUGUGUCAACUAUCAGGUACGUUGAUUUAUAUCCUCUCUUUUCUUACAGUUUAUCUGUUAGUUAUAAUAGUUUUAGAUACAUUUACAUUGCCACUUAAAGGAUAAUCACAGGAGAUACAUGUAAUUAUUAUCACAGCUCUAACUCUACCAUGUAAUUGUCAGUGAUGUUUCCGCUUUUUGAAAAUGUACCAAAAUAGGGUAAUUUUUUUCCCCUAAUUUUAUGUAAGAUUUUAGGCUGUCUAUAGCGUUUGAUUACAGAUUAAGAUGUUCUAUCUUGCAGAUCUUCUCACAAUAGUUUGGACUAUGAGCAGGCAAUGCUGGUCACAAGAUAUCUCGCUUCAUCAAGAUCAUUUUCAAAGAGCUUUGAUGCUUAUCUGAGCCAGGUAUGAUGACCAUAUGCAAGUCGAUAUGCACUCUCCUCCAAACCAAGAAAAUACAUUUUGAUAAUUAUUGUCAAUUAUUGCUUGCUUAGCAUGUGAAACUUUCAAAGUUACAAGUUGAAGGAGUAUCCAUGAGAUAAUUUUUAGCUUAUGUUGUUCACAGAUCCUAAGAGUACUCACAGAGAGUGCUGUGGCAAUAAGAACAAAAGCAAUGAAAUCUCUCUCGGCUGUCAUCUCUGCUGAUCCUUCCAUUCUCUCAAGGGUAAGUGUUUCUGUAAUUACUAAAUGCUUAUAAUACUUAACAGUGAUUAUGGUAAUAAUGUUAGUCAUAAAAAAGUGAUAAUGACUAUUAUGAUGGUGAUGAUAAUGCUGUUAAUUUUUUAGGUAUCUUUAUCUCUACCAAAUUUUUUUUCUCUGAUUCCUUCUACUUCCUGAACAUCCUAGAAGCAUUUGGUGUUUAAAAUUUUUUUGUACCAGUUUAAGUUUCAUUUUUUCUUGUUUCAGAUCAACAUUCCAUAGUAACUAUAAAAAUAGCAAAAUUAAUGUCAAAGUGAUUUUAAAAAAAUGCACUGCAGCAGAUUUGUUUAUCUAUCUUAAAUUCUAUUAUUUUAAGAAAAUGAUUUUUCUUAAGGAACUUUCUCUGUGCUCUGAGCCCAUGAAACUUUUGGGGUAAUAUUUUUACAGGGAUACUUUUUGACCGGUAUCCUACAUAUAUGUGCAUUCUCAAUUUUAGGAUGAUAUGCAGAAAGGAGUCCAUGCCAAAUUUGUGGACAUGUCAACCAGUGUUAGAGAAGCCGCGGUUGAGCUUAUUGGACGUUUUGUCCUCAACAAACCAGAGCUAAUUCAUCAGUAUUAUGACAUGAUAAUUGAGAGGAUACUUGUGAGUAGCUUGUUGUUGAUUUUAACUCUUUUCACUUUUGGACUGACUCAGAAGUAAAUUAUCUUCACAGGAUCAAUAUACUGUCAAGAAGACAUGAUGAAAAUCAAGGAAAUAUUAACUAGGAGAAUAGUGCAGAGUGUAUCAUUCAAUAUCAAAUUCUCAGAACUAACAUGAUGAGAAAUUUAAAGAAGACAGUAGGGGGAGCUCCUUAUUAGAUCUUGGGAAUGAAAGGGUUAAAUUGAGGUCUGAGGCCACUUUGUAAUCAGCCUGCAUUCCUUGUGUCUUGGUAACAGGAAUGACAGGAGGAUUUAGUUUGUUUAAGCAUGUAUAUGUCCAGAGUGUUUGCGUAACUUUCCUUCUCGAUCAACAGUUAUUAUGGGAUUAAUAAUCAAACACAGAAUGGCUUUAUUCCCUUAGAAUAAGUUGUGGAUUACAGUGGGUAAGGGGAAUGUAAGUUACCCUUUUUUACCUAGAUUAAGACAGAAACUUGUGUUGAUUAAUCAAAAACUCAAAUUAAUUUUGAUGAAUCACUGAGAUCAUCGAGGUUACAACAAGAAAUAAAUUUAGUUCUAUUCCAUUCAAAGACCCAUUUAUGUCACAAACAAAUUGAAAUGCCAGUAAACUCGUUUUUAACAAUAUAAUCAACUUCACAAUUUUCCACGAUAAUUAUGAUUUCCAAAUAAUUGUCAUGGUUUGAAGAUACUUAUGGUAACAGUAUUCCACAAUCAGGAAUAAAUUUGUCACAAUUUUAUCUCCCGUACUUACGCUGAUUUUCGUGUGCCUUGAUUUUUCGACAGGACACUGGGAUAAGUGUAAGGAAAAGAGUGAUCAAAAUCCUCAGGGACAUUUGCAUCAACCAUCCAGAUUUUCCAAAAAAUACUGAAAUCUGUGUCAAGAUUAUCCGCAGAAUAUGUGAUGAAGAAGGAAUAAAGGUAAUUGUAUAAUGGCAGUAAGAAGUAGUGAUUUUUCCUGAAGCACCUCAGGUCAGAAUCCUAUUCCUCAAAUGUGUCUAUUUGUGAUGAAUUUUUACUCAGGUUAGAAUUGUAUUAUUUUUUCUUUCAGGAACUGGUUACCAAAGUCUUCCAACAGAUGUGGUUUACGCCCCUUAAGGGUGAAGAAAACUCUAAUGUUCUUGUGAAACGUGUUGUCCAUAUGACUGAUGUGGUAAGUGUUUAUAUCUGAAUGAUUAAAACAUGUUUGUUUUCGCUUAAGUUUUAGUGUGACAAACCAUCUUGUACAUCUUUUACUCAGGUUGCAGCGUGUGGUGAGAAUGGGGACUGGUAUGAGCAGCUCUUGGAAAACGUAAGUUCACUGUCAGUGUUAAAUUCAGGUAAAGAUAGUUGAGACUUGACGGCAACUCUGAACAAAGAUGUAAAUUUUUCUUUUUGCACUAAGAGCAAGAUGUUAUUAUCGUGUUUGUCCACUGGAUUUUAGAGAGGAAUUUAGAAAUGAGAGCUAAAUAGAAAUUUUUUUUUUUUACGUGCACAGACAUCACUCAUUUAUUGAAACAAACACUUAUAUACAAUUGCAAACUGUUUGUCAUCGCCUUUGCAUUUCAAUAGCUGCUUCACAACGAGGAAGACUCUAUUGCAAAAGCUUCAGAAGAAGCUAGUCAACAAAUUGUUAAUUGCUUGGUUGAAAAUGUGCUGAGUUUGGAGGAAAGAGCAGUUGGUGAGUAGUGAAAUUUUUUCUUUUUGUGAAAAACCUGUGGCUCUGUAACAGUAAAUCAAGGAAAUGUCAAAGAGAAAAUGUAUUGAAAAAGGUACUCCGUCAAGGAUUAUUUCAUUGAAACUGCUGCGACUCCUUUUCAUUUAAAAGAAGACAACCAUUUUUAUCCAGUCCGGUAUGUCUCUGUCAAGCUUUACAGUCUGUUGUAUACAAGAAGAAUGAUAAAGUGCGUUUUUAUGAUUUAAAGGGAAAAAUGUCAGAGGUUAAUUGUUCUUAAUCCGUACACUAUAUAAGUGAAUUAACUCUGGAAGGUUGUCUUGUUUCAGCUCAGUCUGAAGGCAAAGGCUCCAGUAGCCAGAGAUUGGUGUCCAGCUUGUCUACUUUGUACCUGAUAAGCAAGAUUAAGCCGCAGUUGUUAGUAAAACAUGCCAUGACUUUACACCCUUACCUUAGUACAAAGUGUAGUGUAAGUAUCAACGACAUCUUUAAUGCUUGUUCUGGUCACAGAAUACAUGUAACAUUCAGAUACUGGAAACAAUUAACCCUUUACACCCUGACAUUAGUAGUAAUAUUCUAAACACUAUUCUCUUGACAUUCCUUCUGGUACUGACAAGGAGAAUCUGUUUGAUAAUCAGGAGCUGCUUAAAUUGGUGACCAUUUCCUUUAUUCUCAUGACAUUUGCAUUUGAUUCAAGGAGGAUACUGUCAGGAGAAAUAAGAAGCCAAGCACUCUCUGGGCUCAACUUCUAGAGAACUUCAAGUGUCAAAACAUGAGCUUCCCUCUUUAGCUGCUAUGUUCCUUUGUUUUGUAGACCCAGGGAGACUACCUUGUGAUCCACAACGUGGCACGCAUUUUGGAACUGGUAGUCCCUUUAAUGGAACAUCCCAGUGAAACAUUCUUGGCAAGCCUAGAGGAGGACCUAAUGAGACUUACUGUCAAACAUGGGCAGACGGUAUGGACGAUGUUAGAAUCAAUUAUGAAUUCAAAUAACUGAUUCUGUUGUUUAGAUCUCAAGAAAACCUAUUUAAGCAAUGGCAUGGACUUUCUAUCGGCCGAGUAUACUGGCGUAAUAACCCACGCGAGAUUUUGGGAUAACACGAGAAAAGUUUAUAAAUCACAAGCUCUCAUUUUCCAGGUUGUCCAGAGUUGCAUUAGCUGUUUGGGAGCUGUUGUAAAUAAAGUCACUCAUAACAUCAGACUUGUUAAGGACUACUUCCUUAAGUAUCAUGGUAAGUCACAAUUUCCUUCAAGGAUACCUGUGUUAAUAUUCAGUGGUUCUAGGAAAGGACUACGAUGAGCGACCGCUAUUUUUAGUUAUGAAAAAUGUAGCGAGGAUUAUAGAAACCCUGAUGAUCAAAACAGCAUUGAGGCUCAGAUAGUUUUGUUGUGUUCUUUUUAUUAAUGAGUAAUAACUUAAUGUGGUAAUUUGGUACUAUCAACUGAGUUAAUAAGGUAAAUUGGCCGCCUUAAAGAGUUUCAAAGCUAACGUUACGAGCUUUAGCCCUUCGCCAUCGCUCUGACGAAGGGCUAAAGCUCGUAAAGGUCGUAUCGCUCUAAGUUUACUGUGGAAAGUCGCGCGGCUCUAGAUGGUGACAUAAACAAACCCAGCGUGUCAAAGAACUGACAACGUAACCUCUCUGUUUCACCUCGCAUGUACACCGACACUCAGAAUAUAGAUAAUAUAGAUGUUGUUGGUUAUGAACUUUUUCAUGUUGCUUUCAUUACAGGUUACUUAGCGAAGGCCAAAGCAGAUAUGACCAAGAAUCCAAGCAAGGCUCAGGUCAACAGACCAACCUUACUAAGAUCGUUGUUUACUCUUGGACUACUCUGCAAGCAGUUUGAUUUCGACAGCGACGCGAAACCGAAAAACGAGGUUAGUUUCAUGCAGGAAAGCUUCCUUAAAAAGAAUGAAACGAAACGUGACCAGAAAUUCAAUCUAACAACAGUUGAUUGCACUUCAUUGUAAACAAUGGAUCACAAACAGACUGUUAGAGUGUUCUUAGUGGUUCAAGCAAAACACAUACACCUUUGUGAUUUGAUUUUUUUUUUAGUUUCAAGGAAUCACUAUUGCAUGGGAUCCCUGUUGAAGUUUUCUUUCUUUCAAGCAGGGUUCAACUAAGGACAGAGUUUUCGCUGUGUAUAUCUACUUUACUAAGCACUCUGACGAAGAGGUCUGCCAGAAAGCCAUUACAGGGCUAGGUAAGUGAAUUGAAUUUGGGUAAGUUUAUCAUUCCUGUGUAAAAUAAAUUGGCUUUUCUUUUUUUCAACAUACAGGAAGCGGUGGUCUAAUUCUUCCAAAAGGUGUUCUUCAGGAAGUUUUAUUGAACCACUAUUUUUGUGGCUUGACCACGUUGUUUGUGACUUGUAUUGACCGUCAUAAAAAUCAUUUGCACCGUCUGUUUAUCAGUUAACGCUUGCCAAUUCGGUUCUCCUUGUGUAUCGUGUAUUGAACAGUCUGCGUAAAAAAUAACGCUUGCUGUUCUAUUUUGAUAUUCUUGAGCGGAACUCUAGCUCCGUAUGUCAUUUGACACAACUUUGAACAUAAUCAUUCUGAUUUUGUACAGGAUUUCUUUGCAUGAGAUAUGGUGAGCUGCUUCUGAAGGGAGAAGCCAAGGAACUUUAUCAGGGAAUCCUAUCGCAAGCCAAUAAGCCUUUGAAACUUAAGCUUCAGGUAUGCAUUUCAUUUUCAAAGCUGGUAACAUUGUUAAUAAGGCUUAGUGUAGCUUAGGCAGGGGUUAAUACCAAGUCAAUGCCCUAGCCUCACUGAUUUGAUGUGCAGGCCCCCCAUCGGCGUCAGGGAGAUUUACAGGAAAAUGGCACAAACUUUUGCCCGUUUUGAUGCUGUUGUGUUGACAGCUGCUUAGUAGUGAGCUAUUGCUCGGUUGCCAUGGUGACCUACCUUCCUUUUGGGAUGUUUGCUGCCCUGUUCUGUUGCUGCCUAUACGGCACCCACCCUCUUGUACUAUUGAAAAAGUGCCGCUUUGUUUUUACAAUUUUCGCCGAAGGCGAAUAAGUGUCUUAGUUUAAUCGCUCAUGUGCCUUCACGUGCCUUCAAAUCAUUCGAGAUAGGCAGCCAGUUUCCAUUAGAAUUUAACAGGUUAUUUGAUUCAGUGUGCUAAAACUUCAUACCUUUCUUCUGAAAAGGGUAACGCCAAACUUUAUAGCAACUUUUGUGCUCUUCAGAGUUUUAUUUUUUCUAUAAACACCGGAGCAAUUAUACUAAAGUGUGAUAUUCUCCCCUUCCGUUUGUAAUUUGAUUAGGUUUUAAAGAACUUGCAGACACACCUCUUAGAAGAGGAGAAAAGACUACAUGUCCAAGAUCAUCACAGUAAGAGAAAUUCAACAUAUUUUACUCAUACAUACAUACAUGACGGUAUGAAGUCCAUCGGGUGUUAUGCAGUCUUAUCUGUGAUUAUCAUAAGAGAUAAAGUGUGCAUAUCGCUUAGGUUACACAUCAGUUUGUGCUUUAUCGAGUAUUACUAAAUCAGUCUUGAUGCUUCAGUUUGUAAAUUCAUUCAUUUGUCAUAUGACUUGUUGUAGGACAUAGGAAGGUCGAAAAAGAGAAAGAAAACCAAAAUCUUAAAGAACUUGGAGACACUCAGUCUGGGUAAGAAGCCCUCUUGUUCGAGGCCAAGUAGCCCAUUAUAUACUGAUGCUUAUUUCGGUUUCUGUCGCAUGAGGCGACCAGGGUCCAGUUCUUCGAAGGGCGGAUAACACUAUCCUACGGAUAAAUCGCUACCCAGCGGAUAAGUGUGAAGGAAAUGUACUGUGCUAUCCACCGGAUAGAGAUUUACCCAGUGGAUAGCGUUACUCACCUUUCGAACAACCGGGGCCGUGAGCAUGUGUCAACCUUGAAAGUAGAGUGUAAGGUGUCCUUCCCAAGAACUCAACACGGUGACCUAGCCUGGACUCGAACCGGGACCUCUCGAUUUAGAGUCUAGCUCUGUAACCACUAGGGCACCGCUUUUUAACCGGGAAACAAGUCAGCUAUCACAGUGCCAGGAAAAAAGAGAAAAAUAAAACGUUGGAAAAGAAAAGUAUUGAAAUGAAUAUAAUUUAUUUUUUUCCAGUACAACCAGUGCAGUAAUGCAAGUUUACCUCAAGAGUGUACUGGAGAGCUUCUUGCAUCCACAGCCCUCUGUUCGUAUGGCCGCCUUACAUGUUGUAAAUCUGAUUCUGAGGCAGGGUCUUGUUCAUCCUGUACAGGUUGGUUGACUGGAAGAACGAUAAAAAUUCCUCGAAUGAUGUAUUCGUAGGAGCCCUGAUUAGUCGUGCAGUAAGACUCGUCUCUGACGGAAUCCAAACUUGUUUCGGAAGUAAUUUUUCGAAAACAUUUUGUGUCAUAAGAGUUACCGUUUUUCGUUGUGAAAAAGGCAGUAAAUUGUUUGGUAGUAUUCAGUUGGGAUAGUGAUGGAAGGAAAAACUUUAACUCUCCUCUGUAUUAACUUGAGGUUGGAAAGGUUUAUUUUCAACGUCUUCAUGAUUUUUCCUGUUGAUAAAACUAAUUUGUUUAUCUUACUCUCAAGAAUCACAUCAAACUUUUUAAGCGUUCUUUCCCCCCAUAUUUACGGGCGCCUAUUGUUCUGUUUACGGGAGAGUAAAUUAUCAACCAAGUUAAAUAGUUAAUUCUGUCUUAUUUUGUUUUGUGUUUGCAUUUGUUUUCAACAGUGUGUUCCGUAUCUGAUCGCCAUUGGAACUGAUGAAGAACAACAAAUGAGAGUAAAAUCGGAUCAACAACUCUCGGAACUCGCAAAUAAAUAUUCCAUGUUUGUCCAGGUUAGUUCUGAACGAAUUUGCAUUCCUACAUUAUCCCUUUGAUAAAAGAAAACGUCUGCCGCUUUAAUUGACAAAUUACCUAAUGAUACUUUAUUCUGUUGCUUUAGAUGAAAGCCCUGGCUGGAAUAAAAAUGUCCUUUGAGCUUCAACGUCUAAUAUACAAGGUUUGAAUUUUAUUUUUUUUACUUCAGAUAUGUGUGUCUUAGUAAAGCUUGAGAAAAUAGUUGCUGAAUCAAGUGGAUGACUUUUUUGCAUUUAUGAAUUGUAAUUAUGUAUCAUUCCAGUUGUUAAUGUAAAAGAAUAUUACAAGGAUACAACUACAAAAUAAUAUUAACAGUUAUAUCUUGCGUUGAGAAUCAAGCUACCAUUAGCAAUGGAUCUUAGUUGAAAGAAUGAUUUUGCCUAACGAUACUGCUUCUCAUACUUGUUCUUCGUAUUUAAUGUUUAUUGUAUUGAUUUUGUUUAAAGGAUAAAAACACCGCAAUACGUGGAUUCAGAAAAGAAGCAAAUCACUGCGCACUUGGUCAUUUGUACUCCAUUAUACGGACUAGCAGACAGCCCAGACGGUCUCUUUUACAAUCCAUGCUGAGGAUAUUUGAUGAUCAUAAGGUAAACCCGCUUUUCAUCCAUACUGAGAUUCCUUAUUGAACUUUCAAACUUAAUUUUAGGCUGGCCGGCUAGUUGAUUAAAGGUAGUCUGCCCAGGGCUGCGAUUUUAGAUAAUCAAUGGAGCUCUUGAAGAUUUUUUGUUAGUGGAAGUAAAUAGAGUUAACUAAAGCCGUCUUGACUCUGUUCACAAAAGUCAGUGUUCAGGUGAAAAUUAAGAUGGUUCUGAGCGUGGCUUUGCAAAAAAUAGGGCGUAUAUUUGUUGACGUACCUGAAAGGCUAAGUACACACGUCGAAAAAUUUUUUUAUUUUUAUUUCCACUUCUAUUCUUGAAAUUUCGUGUAGGUUAGUGAAAAAUCUUUACUUUAUACUCAAGGAACAUUCUCUAUCCUUUCUUCAGGGCGCUAAAUUGGACUUACUGCUGUAUAUUUCUGAUAACAUGGCGCACUUUCCGUAUUCUGUACAAGCAGAGCCUUUGUUUGUCAUCUAUCACAUUGACACCAUCCUCUCUGUAACUGGUGCAAAUGUACUCCAGUCCUUCAAAGAGGUAAGCUCGUACAUGCAUUUAUUCAAGAUUUUGUUGUAAAAUUUACCGAGAAGGGAGUUGCUGACAACUGAAAGUACUACUGAACAUUGAUGGCUAAUUUUGUGGUCGAAUAUCCUGUUAAGGAACACUCAAAAUGCCGGUCUUUCAAGGAUCUGCUGUGGUUGUAGUUUUUAAUAGGCUAAAGCCCCGGACGUAAUAGUUUGCAUUCGAAGUAGAGUCUUACAGUUAUUACAGCGUAGUCUUGUAUAACCUAUGAGUUUAUCUCUCUAAACAGGCCAUGACCCCCGUAGCUAAACCAGCCAUCGAAAGUGAAGGUCAGAUACCUCCUGUUCAAGGCAAUGAGUUCGAAGAAGAGGAAGAAAAUUUUGAGUCCGUUUUAGGUACGUAACUUAAAGAAGAGGAGAGAAAAAAACAAUCGUCUAUAAAUGAGUAUGAUCUGUCGGAUAAAACAGUUAAUAACCGCGAGAGUGGUUCAUUAGAAGACUCACUACUAACAAGAGAGUUAAAGAAGUAUGUGUAAAGAUGUUUGUGUGUGUUUGCAGUGUGUGUGUAUGUGAAUUUUUUCAGAGGGUUAGAGUGAACAAACAUUGAUCGUUGGAUAUCUUAACGAAAGACUUUCCCGGAUGUGUAAAGUUUAUUUACAAACGAACAGAAUAAAGGAUAACAACCACUAAAUCCGGCUCUUAUCGAGUCCGGAUAGUCGAAUUUCUGACGCACUUUUGGCUUACCUUUUAUCCUACUUUUUGUAGUCAUGCUGAUAGUUGUUGUACACGAAAAUGCCAUUGGUAGCAAAGUGCAGUGUCUACAGAUUGUUUAUCGUAAUCUGGAAUUGUUUUGGGUUUUGCCUUGCUGUGCUCGCUGGUUUUAUUUGAUUUACAGUUGAUCCAAAACUACAACAAACAGAUCAAACUCGCUUUGACACGCUCUCCAGUCCGAUUACACACAGUGUGCUGUGAACUACGAUUAGUUCCAUGUCACAUUUACCUAUGUUCUCGUCAUUACGACUUUGGUUUCCAGUUUAUGACAUGAUUUUAUGAGUAUGAUUUCAGAAGAACUUAUUGCAUGUCUUUUUUUUUAUGUUUUAGCUCGGAUUCCCCCAGACCCAACAAUCUUUGAGCAACGUUGUGUUGCUUCUCAGGGUUGUCUACUUCUUCUCUAUUUAAAACAACAUCUUAAAGAAAUGUAUGGAUUUUCAGACAGGUUAGAAUUCCCUGAGAAUUAUUGUUCAUGGUUAAGUAUGAUUUACUGAUAUAAAGUUCAAGAUUAUUCAGUUAUAUAUGAACUGAAUUGAAAAUGUUGGAUGGUCAACGUAGCGAGAUUCUCAAGCAGAAGCUUCGAGCGUUAGUCCUUCGUCAGAGUGAAAGUUGAGUAUAGCUAGGCAAACGACAAACGUGGAUAGCAAUUGUUGACAUGAAGCUUGCUAAACAGAACAUUUAAUCAUUGUAGCCAAACACAGGUACAUCCGGGCUACAUGCAUGGUCCAACACUCUUAAUGCUUGGCAUACGAAAUAUCGUCUUGUUGACAGUUAAGUUUUAGUGUAGGCUGAUAAAAUAUAUGAGUGAUGCCUGGCGAAUGAUAACAAGAGCAACAAUAGUAAAAGGACGUACAGCAAGAGCGACAUGAACAAGUGAACAACAAUGGGAGGAUAGAUGGGAAGAAAUGUCCUUCACAUAUUUUUCCAGCAGUUCCUAUUCCUUUUAUUGACUAUUGGGUUGCGUUUCUAAUUGGUGGAAAACGUCCUGUCUUUUCUACCGCCUAAUCCUUAAUUUUAUAGAAGCUAUGCUGGUUUAGUUACGCAAAAAUGAAAUAAGGCUGUUGUAAUAAGAUUAAAAAUCAGUCACCAUCGACUUUAGAUUUACCUGUAUGUUCUACAGUAUACCGGCGGUGAAAGGGUUCCGAGACGAGAGGAUGGUUUAAAUUCCCACUUUUUUUCAAUUUUAGUAAAUGCCAUAAGUAUUCACCCUCGGAACCCACGAAGACCUAUGACAAGACAGUAUCCAGGAAAGCAGGGGUUUUCUUUAACCCUGAACAAGUAUUACGUUAUGUUGAAGAGCCAGACGCGGUUAGGAGUCACGAACAGCUUGUGCAAGACUAUUUAGAGGUAUGCGCUGGUAAAUCCCCUAAGCUCCUUGCAAAUUUACUGAAUGGAUGCUGGUAAUUUAUUUAACUGCCAAGUUAGGCUGAGAGAGUCAAACGUACCCGUGAAUAAAGGGUAAAGGGGGUACAUUUCUAAAGAAACUGUGGUGCUGCGUCGGUGGGAGAGCAUAGCAAAGUCAUUUGAUGCUAUCAACUAAGUUGUAACGUAAAUUGGCCGCCGUUUCGAGCGUCAGAGCAUUUGGAUAGAUAGUAAUGAAUAGAUAAUUUGGUUUUACCAACAGAGUUGAUAAUGUAAAUUGGCCACUAGUAAGAGUUUCUAAAGAUUACGUUUCGAGCUUUAGCCCUUUGUCAUUCGCUCUGACGUACCAUCACAGUUUCUACAGAAAGGUAUCCUCUCUACCCAUGUGCCUGUGCGUCCAUACUAUGCUUUUGUCAAGCGUAUUUCUCUAUCGGAAUAAACCAGCAAACAAACCCUUAUCAAUCACGUCCAAGUACUUUCUGUAAGAGCUGCCACAGUUUGAGUAAAUUCUAUUUAGACUCCAAAUGUUUAGUAGAGAGGUCUGUUUGAAUGCUAAUGCUCGAAGAAACCUGGCGUAAAUUCUGCCCCUGGUUUUCAAGUUAGAUUUCUCCAUCAGCGUACUAGCUAACAAUACGUAUCGUUAUUUUUACAUUUGUUGAUAAAAGCUUGUCUGUUGUAGUUUAAAACUCUGAUGAUGAUGCUUGACCCGUCAGAAGAGGAUAGUGAUGAUUCUGGGAACGGAGGAAGAGAAAGUCCUAUAGGAGAGGGGCAGAUGACGGACCUAGAAGUAUGCCUCUCUUAUCUUGUUGUUGUUGUUUUUUCUGUUUUUUUUUUUAUUAUUGUCAUUUAUGUUUUUCCUUCUUUGUGUUCAUACUACUCCAAAUCCUUGAUUGUUUUUAUCCUUGUUUCUUUUUUAGGGAAAUUUAAAAACCCCUAGUGCUAAACCACGGGAAAAGCGUGCUCCCAAGCCAAGGAAGGUUGUGAAGGGACGAAAAAUGCCACCAGCGGGACAGUCGAAGGCAAAGACAAAACCAAAAGGAAAGAGGCCUAAAAAGAAAGUAAUAUCCUUUGAUUUUAAGUUAUGUCCUCAGUACGGCCUCAGUAGCUAG